AUGUCGCAAUCUGCUUCAGUGGGCGAAUGCCCUCAUAUUCCUAUCACAGUCGAGUUCACUGGCGGACUCGAACUACUCUUUGGCAACGUACGCAAGCACAAGAUCUCCGUACCGUCGCGUAUGAGUGAUGGAAGUCCCACAAAUAUUUCAUAUUUGCUUCCAUACCUCGUCGACAACCUCAUGCAGGAUCAACGGAAGGAGAUGUUCAUCAUGGAGGAUAACGUUCGACCAGGCAUUCUCGUCUUGAUCAACGAUGCCGAUUGGGAACUCGAGGGUGAAGAGAAAUACGAACUGCAACCGGGCGAUAAUAUUGUGUUCGUUUCAACGCUACACGGAGGCUAA